GGGAGGCACAUUGGGAUCACUAAGGACAUAACCUGCUGCGACAGACGCAACCCAGGGAAGCGACAAUGAGGCUCCUGGGCUGUUUCUUCCUGAUCUUUCUGACAUGGGGCAGCGCCAGGGCGCAGGGGGAAUAUUGUCACGGCUGGCUGGACUCUGCAGGGAACUACCAAGCCGGAUUCCAGUGCCCGGAGGACUUUGACACAGCGGACGCCAAUAUCUGCUGCGGCUCUUGCGCGUUGCGCUAUUGUUGCGCCGCCGCCGACGCUCGUCUGGAACAAGGAAGUUGCACCAACCACCGAGAACUGGAGAAAUCGGGAGUCAGCGCUCAGCCUGUUUACGUUCCAUUUCUCAUUGUUGGCUCCAUAUUUAUUGCAUUCAUCAUUGUGGGAUCGUUGGUGGCUGUCUACUGUUGCACGUGCCUCAGGCCUAAGCAGACUUCUCAGCAACCAAUGCGCUUCACCUUGCGCAGUUAUCCCCCAGAGACUCUACCUAUGAUUCUGACCAGUGGUAACCUGCGAACUCCAUCCAGGCAAUCCAGCACAGCUACCAGCUCCACCUCGACUGGCGGCUCUGUACGGAGACUGUCUUCUUCCAGAGCUGACCCAGGCUACUUGGUUUCCUCCCCACCUCCUCCUUACUCCUCAGCGCACUCCAUCCAUUUAAACCCAUCCUCCACAUUCCUGGUGUCAAACCAAUACUUCCCUUACCCAUUGCAGCCAGAAGCCAUUGCAAAUAAGAGCUGCCCGGAUUUCAGACAGAGCUAACAGAUUCCUGUUGGGUAAAAAAAAAAAAA